AAUCAGGACCUUAUCGAAUAGUUUUAAAUAAUUAGAAGAAUAAGUUGAAUAUUAAACCAAUUUUUAAUAAAAGAAAAAAGAUUGAGCUAUGUCAGCAGAACGGAAUAGACCUUAGCACAGUAGACGUUAGCUAUGUCAGCAGUCGCUCUUGGUAAUAUUCAUUUUUAUGGAUCUUCACCUGUUUCACUCAGAGUCUGGUUUAAUUGUCAAAAGAUUGCAUUUCAGGUACUUCCUCAAUCUUGGUUGAAGAAAAUGGUUAGUUAUGACUGGAAAGCUGAUCACUUUUAUAUGUAUACAUCAAUUUCAUGAGUAUCAAUUUUUACCUCGUCACUAUGUUGUCAUUUUUCCAUUAUAGCAAAGAUUGGGUUUAGUUAUACACAACGUAUGAUUCAAAUGGGUGGAUUUGGAUUUGAUCCUUCAAAGGCUAUAAGUGCUGAGAAAGACAAUCUUGACAUAACCCAGCAUGACUGGGCCUUACCGAAUUUUGAGCAGCUUGCUGAAGCUGUGUUGAGGCAAGUCGUCAGUUAACCAUGUUAUGAUGUAGGAAGCUUAAUUUAUUUCUUUUUUGGCUGAAUUUUACCAGGGUCUACCUGUCAUUGCUGUUGGUGUUGGUCUCAGUACAUAUGAUAAAGCAUCUGUAUGGAUAUUUAUCAUCUUACCUUUACAUAGACUGCACCAAUUCAUUAGCGAUUCCUUACUGGACUAGAGGUCUUUUUUCUUUUCCUGGAAAACUUCAAUUUCUGAGAAUCUUUUAGCACCUUACAAGGUUUCUUCAAUAGACAUUAACAAUUGCACUACUCUACAUAAAUGCUUCAGUGCUUGGUGUCUGCUGCCUAUGUUCCUCAACGUCGCAUCUAAGCUCCUUUAAAUUAUCUAUUUGAUAUUAAAUUGCCAGUUCUUUUUGUUCAGGAAAAAUACUGUAUACAAUCACACAUCCAACUGAAUGAAUAUAGGGAUCAAGUGAUCUUGCCAACAGCUACAAGGAAACAUGGACAAUACAUUGGCACCACUGUGAAAGUCUUGGAUAUGACUGGUUUAAAAUUUUCAGCAUUGAAUCAAUUGAGGUUGUUGACUGCAUUAUCUACAAUAGAUGACUUGAACUAUCUGGAAAAGACAGACACAUACUAUAUUGUUAAUGUGCCAUAUGUAUUCUCAGCAUGCUGGAAGGUUGUGAAGCCUCUUUUGCAAGAAAGAACAAGGAGAAAUAUCCAGGUGCUGCAAGGUUGUGGGAAGGAGGAAUUACUGAAGGUAAUGGACUAUGCAUCCCUCCCACACUUCUGUAGAAAAGAAGAUUCCAAGUCUUCCAAACAUCAUGCAUUAGGAAAAACUGGAAAUUGUUUCUCCUUCAAUCACGCUUUCCAUCAACAACUCUACAAUCACAUCAAGCAACAAUCCAUCAUUGUGGAGUCAAUUUCACCAAUCAGACAUGGGUCCUUCUAUGUAGAGAUACAAGAGUCAGACCCUGAUGAUGCCAAAAUAGCCAAGACCAUAGAAACUGAGUUCCACAAAUUGGAGAAUCAGAAGAAUGGCUUUAGCAACUCACUAAAUGGUCUGACAGUUAAUGGCCAUUGAAAGCAAUGCUACUAAAGCUACUAGUAACUGUGUUUUUUGGCCUGUCCUGAGCCACUUUUAUUUGUUGAUUACUUUAUCAUCCCUUUUGGAUAAGGAGGGUUAUACUUGUGAGGUCAAACUUAUAGCCGGUUAUUAGAUGUAAUAUUGUAAUGUUUACAUCAAGUCCAUGCAAAAAUCUUCCCACUCUUAUAUCUUUAUGGCAUGCACUUGAAGCAUUAUGCAAACUCUCCC